GAGUCAAUGAAUGCAUCGUUUAGACGCCUCGCUGAACAUCAGCAUCAGAGCGUAAGGGUUUAGAGAAGAAUAUGGCGGCCAAAAGGAAGACCCCCGUCAAGUCCCGAAACCCAGAUCUCAUUCGUGGCGUCGGAAAGUAUUCCAGGUCUAAGAUGUACCACAAGCGUGGGCUUUGGGCAAUCAAGGCCAAAAACGGCGGAGUUUUCCCCCGCCAUGACCCCAAACCUAAGGCCCCCGCCGCCGCCGCCGAGAAACCCCCCAAGUUUUACCCUGCUGAGGAUGUCAAGAAGCCCCUUCUCAACAAGCGCAAGCCUAAGCCCACCAAGCUCAGAGCAAGCAUUACGCCUGGGACGGUGCUGAUUUUGUUGGCUGGUAGAUUUAUGGGGAAGAGAGUUGUUUUCUUAAAGCAACUUCCUUCUGGGCUUCUUUUGGUUACUGGACCGUUCAAGAUUAAUGGCGUUCCUUUAAGGCGUGUGAACCAGUCCUAUGUCAUUGCGACUUCCACUAAGGUUGACAUCUCCGGAGUUAACGUAGAGAAGUUCGAUGACAAGUACUUUGCCAAGGAAGUAGACAAGAAAAAGAAGAAGAGCGAAGGGGAGUUUUUCGAAGCUGAAAAAGAGGAUAAGAAGAAACUGCCAGAAGACAAGAAAGAAGAUCAGAAAUCCGUCGAUGCCUCUUUAAUAAAGUCCAUCGAGGGAGUCCCAGACUUGAAGGCCUACCUUGCCGCAAGAUUUUCGCUAAAGUCUGGCAUGAAACCACAUGAACUUGUCUUCUAGAAACUCAGAUAUUCAAGAACCCGAUAGCCCGGAUUUCUUCUUUCACGUCUCGUCUCUUUUCUCCGUUGUGCCAAAUUAUGUUUUUUUCCUUGUCUUGAGUGUUUCUCUUUGUAUUGCUGCUAUGUAUUGUUGAUUUGUAUGUUGUUGCUUUGAGUACUUGCUUGACUGCUGUUGUUUCGACUAGUCUUGAGUGUUUCUUUGUCGACUGUUGCUCUAUUUUUUUUUCUUGAUAUUGAGUGUUUGGUCUUGUGGUUAUUGUUAUAUUGUAAUAAAAUUAGCACCUUUUAGAAAAUACAAAUAAAGAGAAAAAAAAUUCUUGCAUUCU